AAAUGGUUUUGGAGAGGGUAAAGAGUUCAGGCUUGAAAGGCAUUCCAGGCAGAGGGAACACAUGCCACGUUUCAAAAAUUAGAUGAAAAAUCAUCGUUGACGGCAGUUUUUUUAAAAAUGAGAAACAUGAACCAGAAGAUACUAAAGUUGGAGAACCUUCUACGAUUUCACACUCUUUGUAGACAGCUGCACAGCCUGGGUUAAAGAAGAACAUUAGCACACUGGAGGCAUGUGUUUUCAUCUCCUUACCCAGUGUGGACAGCUCAGUUGUAUAUCCAGCCCUCGCAAACAGAUACACUCAUCAGGACUGCUUUUUCUCAAUAUAGACUUCUAGUAACAAAGAAGGAAGAAAGACCACGGAAAUCUCAGGUAUCUGUGACAAAAUCUAGAAAGGAGGUGGAGGUAUGGAUUGGAAUGACAGUUGAGGAGCUUGCCAGAGCAAUGGAAAAAGACAUAGAUUAUGUAUAUGAAGCUUUAUUGAACACUGCUAUUGACAUAGAUUCACUAGAAGCAAACUCAUGUUUAGAUGAUGUCUGAUCAAAGAAGUAGUAAAGAAGGCAGGGAUGAAGUUAAAAUGGAGCAAAUUAAAACAGGACAAAAUCAAAGAAAAUAAAGAUGCUGUAAGAAGGCCCCAUGCAGAUCCAGCUUUAUUAACCCCAAGGUCCCCAGUUGUUACUAUAAUGGGCCAUGUUGAUCAUGGGAAAACGACGUUACUUGACAAACUGCGAAAAACUCAAGUGGCAACAAUGGAAGCUGGAGGCAUCACUCAGCACAUUGGUGCCUUUCUUGUCUCUCUGCCUUCUGGAGAAAAGAUAACCUUUCUUGAUACUCCAGGCCAUGCUGCCUUCUCAGCAAUGAGAGCCAGAGGUGCUCAGGUCACUGACAUUGUUAUAUUGGUUGUAGCAGCACAUGAUGGAGUGAUGAAACAAACUGUGGAAUCAAUUCAGCAUGCCAAAGAUGCUCAAGUUCCUAUUGUCCUUGCCAUAAACAAAUGUGACAAAGCUGAGGCUGAUCCUGAGAAAGUGAAAAAAGAGCUGCUGGCCUAUAAUGUGGUGUGUGAGGAUUAUGGAGGUGAUGUUCAAGCAGUGCAUGUCUCUGCACUUACGGGCGAUAAUCUGAUGGCUUUGGCAGAGGCAACAAUUGCUCUAGCAGAAAUGUUAGAAUUGAAAGCUGAUCCCACUGGUCCAGUGGAAGGAACAGUGAUUGAGUCUUUCACAGACAAAGGAAAAGGUCCUGUUACUACAGCUAUAAUUCAAAGAGGAACUUUAAGAAAAGGCUCAGUUUUGGUUGCUGGAAAGAGCUGGGCAAAAGUACGCUUAAUGUUUGAUGAAAAUGGAAAAACAGUCAAUGAGGCCUGUCCCAGCAUGCCAGUGGGUAUUAUAGGCCGGAGAGACAUUCCUUCUGCUGGAGAUGAAAUUCUUGAAGUAGAAUCUGAGCCAAGGGCACGUGAAGUUGUUAACUGGAGGAAGUACGAACAAGAACAGGAGAAAAACAAAGACGAUCUGAAAAUACUAGAAGAAAAACGAAGGGAGCACCAAGAAGCACAUUGGAAAGCCCAUGAGAAGUAUGGCAGUUUACACUGGAGGAAGAGAUCAUUUAAAAAGUACCAAGAAAAAAAAGGACAGAAUCUUUUAAAGCCAAAAGAGAAAACAGAAAGAGAUUCAAAUGUACUUCCUAUAAUUAUUAAAGGAGAUGUUGAUGGUUCUGUUGAAGCCAUUUUGAACAUUAUGGAUACCUAUGAUGCUUCACAUGAGUGUGAACUAGAAUUAGUACAUUUUGGAGUGGGUGACAUUAGUGGAAAUGAUGUUGACCUUGCUGAAACAUUUGGUGGUGUUAUAUAUGGUUUCAAAGUGAAUGUAGGCAAUGUUCUCCAAAAGUCAGCUGCAAAAAAAGGAGUAAAAAUUAAACUUCAUAAAAUCAUUUACCGACUUAUUGAAGAUUUGCAGGAAGAACUGAGCAGCAGACUGCCCGGCAUUGUGGAAGGUAAGGCUUCUGUACCAGCUACCUUCUCUGUGACAGAAGGGAAGAAAAAAGUUCCUGUGGCAGGCUGCAGAGUCCAAAAGGGACAGUUAGAAAGAAAACAGAAAUUUAAAUUAAUCCGUAAUGGACAAGUUAUCUGGAAGGGUUCAUUAACCUCUCUGAAACACCAUAAAGAUGAUGUUUCAAUCAUCAAAACUGGUAUGGAUUGUGGUCUCAGUUUGGAUGAACAAAAGAUAGAAUGUCAAGUGGGAGAUGAAAUUGUUUCUUAUGAAGAAAAGGAAGUUCUAGCCAAGACUUCUUGGGAUCCAGGAUUUUAA